GGUAUGAGAUGUUACUGUAACAAUAUAAACAAUGAAAGAAGCGUUUUCCUGCCAACAGUGUGUGACAUAAAUGUCUGAGUGUGACACAAAUGUCUGAGUGUGACUUCGUUUCCUGUGAGUGACAGGCGGUGUGUCCGUGUGUGUGUGUGUGCGCGUGUGUUACUGUAUAUGGUGCAGCAUGAAAGCGCUGAGGUUUGGGCUGACACUUGUUCGACAUGGGGAAACACACUACAACAAACAAGGCCUUCUGCAAGGCCAGGCGAUCGAUGCACCUCUGUCUGACAUCGGGCUGCAGCAGGCGGAGGCUGCAGGUAUUUACCUGAAAGACGUCAUGUUCAGCAACGUCUUUGCCAGCGAUAUGCUACGAGCCAAACAGACUGCUGAAACAAUAAUGAAACACAAUAAUAGUUGUUCCGGUCUCCAGAUGUCAUGUGACCCCUUGCUUAAAGAAAUAAGCUUUGGAACAGCAGAGGGUGGACGAGUGCAGGAUGUGAAAGAAAUGGCCCGAGCAGCCGGUCAGACUUUUCCAGGCUUCACUCCUCCAGAGGGAGAGACUCAGGAGCAGGUGAAGGAACGGGUCAAAGAGUUUGUGGAGAAAAUGCUCCAGCAGGUUGGCGGUGAACACUGGGGACAGACGGACAGAGAGGAGGACGAGGCGCGCUCGUCCACGGCGGAGGGGAAGCCGGACGACGGCGUCAGGGGCGUCCCGGUCCACGCUCUAGUCGUCACUCACGGAGCCUACAUGUGCGUGGCAGUGCGUUACUUUGUGGAGGAGUUACAUUGUUCUCUGCCUCAGGGUUGUGACGUGGCAACAAUGUUCUCGUUGAGUCCAAACACCGGUCUCUGUCGGUUUGUACUCACCGUGAGAAAAGAGGGCGGCAGGUUCACAUUGUCGGGGAUCCACUGUGUGUUUGUCCACAGGGGAGACCACGUUAAACAGUUAUAACAAUCGUUUUUAUUUCAAUAGCACUUUUUAAGCUGGAGCACAAAGUGUUUCCCAGAUGAAAUUAUGUACAGAAUAAAAUCAUAAGGAGAAAACACUCCCUAAACUGAUAACUGAAAACAAGAACAUGAGUUUACACCAAGCAGCACUCAGCCCAUACUUCAAUAGAUGAUAGCUCAUUGUCAUUAAAUAGAUAAUAAAAAGAAGAUAAUUAUUAUAUAACAUGUCACUAGCAGGGGCAGAGAUGAGGAAGAGACGGACAACAAAAGACAACAUCCAACAAAGUAGCUCAAACCUUAAUAUCUGUGUAUGUGAUAUUACUAAAAGGAACAAACCUGCCCACCUCCAAUCUCAUGAUGCACUUCAUGCUUCCAAAUCUAAAUUAAUCCCCUUAGGGAAAUAAUUUCUCUGCAUUUGACCCAUCCUAGAAUUAGGAUCAGUGGGCUGCCACACUGAGAUAGCACCCGGGGAGCAGUGGGGGUUGGGUACCUUGCUCAGGGGUACCCCAGCCCUUUUGAUCUGGUGGGGACUUGAACUGGCGACCUUCCGGUUACAAGCCAAGUUCCCUUUCCACUUGGCCAUGGGCUGCCUUGUCAUGCUUUUCCAUGUUAUUUUAAGGCUUUUUAAGAAUACUUAAGAAACGACUUAUAUGAAUUAUGUGAUGAAGAUAACUGCAUCUUCAUCAUUGUAUGCAGUGACCUAAAACAAAAUAUUUUUUCAGUAUUGCGGAUUUAAAUGCAGAUUCAUGAUUUGAGCAGUUUCGCUUGACCUCAGGCUGUGUAAAUGUGUGUGUGUGUUGCAGUGCGAUGUCAUCACUCUGUGUCAGUCUGGUUGUUCAUUACUGUAAACGUAGGCAGCUUUGUAAUCUGAUGAGUCCGUGUUUCUAUAUUUAUCGCCCAACAGUUGACAGAUUUUUUUGCGUAGGAACACGGAGCGGAACUGCAGCUCUGUUGACUUUGUGCAAAUCAGUGACUCCUUCAUUGUUGUGAAUUAACAAGGACAAUCGCGUGUCAAGACCUCAUGUUUUCCAGAGGUGCGUGUUUUCUCUACUGCACUUUUUCCACUCUCAGUGUGAAGCAAGAAGGUCGCCGGUUCGAAUCCCGGUUUUCUCCCACAGUCCAAAAACGCAGAGGUUAAUUGGACACUGUGAAUUGACCGUAGUGUGUGAAUGGUUGUUUGUCUCCGUGUGUCCAUCCUGUGAUGGACUGGUGACCUGUCCAGGAUAUGACCCCAUCUUUCCCCCAUGUGUCAGCUGGAAUUGGCUAAAUAAAGCAGUAAAACUAUAAUCUGUUAGUCUUCAUGAGAUUAUAAUGUCCUGUUGGAGUUUCCAUAGCAGUGGAUUCUACCGUGAUCACUUACUCUAAUUAUUUUAUUCCCACUGACAUGAACAACUUAAACAAACACUCAUACUUACAUACUUUUGUGUUGUUUUAUGCUGUUUAUUUUCAUGGUUUUACCAAAAGCUAUCUUUGGGAUUUACUGCAUGUUGAGUUACAACAAAGACAAUUCUGAUCAAGUGAAGAAGCACCGAUUAUGUCCUGUUUUGACAUGUAAACAAAAAAAUAAAGAAAAUAUUCUAUUGGCA